AUGGAUUCUUUAAGGCUAAUGAUGUUAUUUUUAUUUUCUUACAUCCUUCUGCACCUGCCUUCUCUAAUCGUUGCUCAACCUAACUUCACGCACCCUUACUGUCGAAAUGAUGUUGGUAACUACACUGCUAACAGCACUUUCGGAAGAAAUCUCAACAGCCUUCUGUCGUCGCUGUACUCAAAUACACAAAUCGAUUAUGGAUUUUAUAAUCUAUCUGUUGGCCAAACUGGCCCUGACCAAGCAAAUGCAAUUGGACUUUGCAGAGGAGAUAUUGGAGUAGAUGAUUGUCGAAGUUGUAUUAGAAACUCUACGCGUAAGAUCUUGCAGGUUUGUCCUUACCAGAAAGAGGGAAGUGGAGUUUAUGAUACCUGUAUGCUACGAUAUUCCAACAAAUCCAUAUUUGGUGUCGUGGAAGGUUAUCCAGUAUUCAUCAUUUCGAUCCAGCAAAAUGCCACAGAUACGAAUCAGUUCAAUCAGGCUCUUCAAACGUUACUCAGUAGACUUCGAGACACAGCUGUAUCAGGGAACUCUCUUCGAAAGUUUGCGACAGGAAACGAAAGUGCUGGAUUUGAUAGAAUAUAUGGACUUGUUCAAUGCACGCCUGAUUUAUCUUUGGAGCAGUGUGAUAGUUGCCUUGCUGAGGCUUUUCAUCAGGCUGCAUCAUGUUGUAGCGGAUUGAUUGGAGCAAGAAUUACAACACUAAGCUGCAAUCUCAGAUAUGAAACCUCUCGUUUCUUUGAAUCAGUUACACCAGCCACACCACCGCUUCCAACUCCACCAUCACCAGUUCCUCCUCCUCCACCAGCAGAAGGAAAGAAGAGCAACAAAGCACGAACUAUCAUUAUCAUAGUUGUUCCAACGGUUAGCGUUGUGAUACUUAUUAUUUGCAUCUCCAUCUUCUUAAGAAUCCCGAAGCCAAAGGAAAAGGUUGAAACUGUGGACGAAAUAGAAACUGCAGAUUCAUUGCAAUUCUCCUUCAACACUAUUUGUGUUGCAACAGAGGAUUUUUCAGAGCAGAAUAAGCUGGGACAAGGUGGAUUUGGUGCUGUUUACAAGGUAUGGAGAAAUUGGAGGGAAGGAAUUGCUCUAGAUAUUAUAGAUCCCAUUUUGAGGAGUGGCUCAACAACAGAAAUGAUGAGAUGCAUCCAUAUUGGGUUACUGUGUGUCCAAGAAAAUGUAGCUGACAGGCCCACAAUGGCUUCAGUAUUACUGAUGCUCAGCAGCUCUUCCAUCACAUUGCAAAUACCUUCUGAACCAGCAUUUUUUAUGAGCAGCAGCACAUAUCAAUCAGAUAUGUCCUCUUCAAUGGGCAAUAAGUCAAGGGUGACUGAGUCCUCGCAGCCCGAAUUUGAAGCUAUCCCUUUAUCGGAAAACAAGGCGUCAAUUAGUGAAUUAUAUCCUAGAUAA